AUGUAAAAGAAUUUAUGCUCCAAAAUAUUUGAAUUUUUUUUUUGAAAAUAAUUUGUCAAAUUAUUUCGUGAAUUUCGUAAAAAAAUAUAUUUAAAUUUUACAACAAUAUGGAUAAGGUUUUUGGGUGUACGGUUUUAGAUGAAAUUAAAGCGACUGAAGAAGCAAUUAAAGCUUGCUUCGCUAAAGUUGAUGAAUUAGAAGAGAAAAUAAAACGUAAUGAAAUUACAGAAGAGUACAAAAAAAUAGCAAAGCAAGAAUUAAUGGAAGUGAAAAAAUUAUUAGCAACUAAUACGAAACAACUCAAAGAAAUGCAUAAACAUGGAGGUCGUUCGUAUGGUAUUGCAGCCGCUAUUAUCUUCCUAGGAUUUUUAAUUUAUGGGGUUUAUGCGAUGUACCAUUUGAAAAUGGAUAGUAUGAUGUUUGGUUUUGGGGAUGAUAGUACAAAUUUCCAUGCAUUGGAAGAACAAAUUGUUGAUUUGAAUUGA